AUGAUAAAAUGCUUUCCUGUUGAAAAAUACGACAUACAAAAUUCUGAUUUUAAAAAUGAAAAACGAUAUCCUAAUGGAACUGUAGUGGGAAAUUAUUCGUAUGCUGACAGCGAAGGAAAUCCUAUACAUGUUAAAUACUAUGCUGAUGAUUCUAGUUAUGGCAUUGAGUUGAAAAGUAUUAAAGCAAUAGAAUCUAAUGAAGAUGCAACCACACAAACCACUACAGAGAAGCAAUUUGAAUAUUUCGUACAAAAUACUGGUUUGCCGGCAGAUAAAUCAAAAGUGCAGUUACCAUUCUAUAAUACAAAAUAUAAAACUGAAGGUCCAUCAGACUCUCUCAAUAAAGAAAUUAAAGCGAAUCGUUACAAGGAACAUAGUACUAGCCCUGACUAUGAAAUAUUUGUCCAAAAUGAAUUAAAAGCACCCGAAAAAUGCGGUAAAGAUAAAGUCAGAAUUUAUUUUGAUACAAAUAAAAGAAAAAUACGUGAAGCAGCAAACAAUGAAGAAAUUGCUAAGUAUUGUGAACUUUUUUGAUACCUAAUUAUAUAUUAUU